AAGUGCAGUAUCAAGCUUCCAGCACAAAUUACUGUAUACAUUAUUGAGAAUUCCAAACUUCAAAGAAUCGCUCAAGUCAAGAGGCCAGACUUCGUUCCUCGCUUCCACUGCCUAACAUUGGCGUUUCUACAGUAGUUCCACAUAGCAGGCGGUAAUACUGUAGCUUAUGAUGGUACGUUAAAGCCCAGGCGAUGGCUUGGGUCGGCCUGCGCGUGCCUUUAGAGAAAUGGCUUGGGCCUAUUGGAGCUAGCCGAUUCACCGAUGAGGACCUGCGCCGGCUAUGGGAGGGUGGCUAUGAGACGCUGGAGGACCUGCAGAUUGCGAGCCAGGCGGGUCUCGAGCGGGCCAGGUUGAGGCCGGCGAGGGCGGACCAGAUUAUCCACGCUCAAGGCGCAGCUGCUGGCACGAAAAGAGCGGUUGGCGCAGGCGCGGCGGCUGGCCUGGACGUGGGGAGCGCGGCCGGGGCCGGACGUGUCUGCCCAGGCUGGCAUGGGCAAACGCAGAGGCUGGUGUGUGGGCCACGGCGCCACUACUAACUCAACGGGGUUUCACGCGCUGGAGCCUGUGGCGGAGGAGCUGGUGCCCAGUUGGUGCCAGGGGGCCUGCAGUGGCACGGUCCGUUGGGGAAAGGGCCCCCUGGACUUCACCUAUGUGCUUCACACAACCUUUCCCAGCUGGAAAGAGCCCACGAACCGGGACCACAAGUGCAACUUGUGCACGGGCUGCGUGAAGGACGCGAAGAAGGUGGAGGAGGAGGCCAAUCAGAUCUAUGGCACCGUUGCAGUCCAUACCGACCCCACCAGCAGCUGCACAGCCCGUGCGUUCUCCAGCCCUGCCGGUGUGGCAGUCGACGCACGGAACGGCGUCGCCGUAGUGCACGUCAACAACUCAUCCGCCGAGACAUUUGUGCGUCUUCCGCUGCCUGCCGUGCACACCGUGGCUGGUACGCUGGCCGCGGCAGUACGGCGGCCUGGCGGCAAGGGGGCGGGCACUGCUGCCGUGCCAGCUACCCACUUCAAUGCCGCCGCCCACGCACUUGCCAACGCAGUGACUGCCAAU